AUGCUCCCAGGCCUGCGUCCAACUCUGCAGAGCCCCUCUCAGAGGUUGCGGCCGGAAUCGCUGGCCAGCUCUCCCAUCUCCUGGUGCACGCGCUCUCGCAGCCCAUGGCCGGCGCGGAAGUCGUCAUCGCGCCAAACGCAGGCCUGCAGAGCUGGGCCAGGGGUGACGUGGUUCUACCUCGCCCCGACCUCGCACACAGGAACUGGCCGCAGAAAACGCCGGGUUCAGGUAACCUCCCUGGAGCUCAUGGCACCUGACGGCCAGGCCACGGUGUUGGAUCCGAGACGCCCGGUUUUUGUCGUGGCGUCCGCCAUUCCGCGUGAGGAGAUGCGCAGCUUCUUGGAGCAGUGCGAGAGAGAGGUCGUGGCCACUGGCGACCAGAGCAUCGCCGAAGCGGUGCUCCUUGGCAAACUCCCCUUUACAGCGCCGGAUGCCAAAGUUGCCUCCUGGCGCGCAGCUCUCGACGCGGCCGCCAACGGCGUCGAACACGUGCCCGACCUGGGCCAGACGCUCCGGGACUUGGUGGGCAAUGAGGCUCUUCGAGCUCAGUAUGUGGAAGCCUCCCGUCGUCAUGGUGGCGCCGUCCAGGCCGAGCUCGAGGCGCAGUUCGGCUCGGACGUCGGAGCUGUCGUGGAGCAGCUCGCGCGCGCGGGGAUGUAUGGCUGA